CGUAAUUAUUAUUACGUGAUGGCAACUGGCUCCCACUACACACAGCCCAUUAAACAUGUAUUUCUGAUCUAGGGCAGACCGCUAAACACUACCGAGAAGCUGUCAGUCUGACGGAGGGCGGUUUCGUUAUAUGUGAGCCGAGGUUUGUGAGGUUGAGUGAUUGGUAAAUGGAGGAGUCCUUCCAAGAAGCGCGCUAGAAAGCGAUGCCACCGGUUUGUCUUCGACUAGAACUUUUUUGGGGGGGUUGUAGCAUAGACUGUAUAAAACAGGGUUGUAGUCAAUUUUAUUUGAUCGCUGAGCAAAUCAAUCAGCAGCGGAGGUGAAGACGCCGGGGUGCUUUCUGCUGCUCAUCCCAGCUUGUCUGUGUUGUGAGCUCAGGCGGACCGCCCCUCCACCCACCUCAAGAUGCACAUGAAUAACUUAUUAAACCAGUGCACGGAGAUCUCCAAGAUGUGUGAGGUGGAUGUUUCGUCUGAGCCCACCAGCCCGAUGCUGUAUAGAGAGUCUUCUGAUACAUACUGCCAUGUGGACCGCUGGCAGAGGCUACGCACAGCCGUCCGCAAGCUAGAAUUCUGGGAGAACUUCACACAUGAGCUGAUUGGCAGUGGCUUCUUCUCAAAAGUUUACAAGGUAAUCCACAAUACCACACGGAAGGUGAUGGUAGUAAAGAUCUAUAAGAAUGAUGUUGAUCAGGACAGCAUUGUACGAGAAAUCAGUCUUCUGCAGAAACUCUCACACCCCAACAUAGUGAGGUAUCUGGGUAUUUGUGUCAAAGAGGACAAGUUGUACCCAAUUUUGGAGUAUGUUAGUGGAGGAUGUUUAGAGGAGCUGUUGGCCAGGAAAGAUGUGCCUCUAUGCUGGAGGGAGAAAGUAGACCUGGCCUCUGACAUCACCAGAGGGAUGAUUUACCUCCACUACAAGAACAUCUACCACAGAGAUCUGAACUCUAAGAACUGUCUAAUAAGGGUGACAGCGAGAGGCAGAGAAGCUCUGGUCACUGAUUUUGGUUUGGCUCGAGAGGUGGUUGAACUUCCUGCAAAGGACAGAAAGCUUUCACUUGUGGGUUCUGCUUUUUGGAUGGCCCCCGAGAUGCUGCGCGGGGAGCCAUACGACCGCAAGGUGGAUGUGUUCUCUUUUGGAAUUGUUUUGUGUGAAAUUCUGGCUAGGGUCCCAGCAGACCCAGAAAUCCUUCCAAGAACACAGGACUAUGGCCUGGACGUGUCAGCAUUCAGGAAAAUGGUCAGUGAUUGUCCUGAGUGUCUUUUGGAGCUGGCAGCCAGCUGCUGUCCGAUAGAGGCUUUCCGAAGACCCUCUUUCACAGAGCUUCAAGACAAGCUGGGCGAAAUCGCUGAGACUUUGGAGUGUCUUCACAAUGAUCUCACCACAAGCUGAUCUGCGGCACAUCCUCUGGUAUCCCAUCAGCCCUGCAAAUGGACACAAGCAGCUGGAGUUCUGUACAUUAACUUUAGCACAAUGACAAAUGCAACAGAACUGCAGAUUUAUCUAUGGGCUGUUUGCAUUGAAAGUGCAAAAUAAGGAAAAGGUCGCCAUUUACUUAAUGCAAGUAGCUAGAUGGCCUACAAUUCAAUGCUACACAGCUGUACAUUUUAUAUACUGUGCAAUAUAUAGUAAUAGUCUACCAAGAGAAAUGCAGUGUCAUAAUUUCAAACCUACUGCUAUUUCUGUUUUGUAGAUGAAUCAUUUUAUAUUGAAAAACAAUGCUAAAAUAGGUUUUGAGGUUUAGAUAACCAUUGAUAAAAGGACUAACUUGAGGGUCACAGGUUUUAAAUAAUCAAAUAAUAUUUUCGUAGGUUUCAGUAUAUCGAUACUUGAUUAAAAUUAAAUUGUACAAGAGAAAGUAAUUUAUUUUGGUACCAGCUGCCCAAAUAGGAAAAAGUGCAUUUGUAUUGCUGACUUUUUUUGAAAAGUGACAUAUUUGAAAGUACUUGAUACAUAAGCAAGCACUCGUCACUUGUGGUUUUGCCUCCACUCUGAGCUGAGCUGCUGAUUUUUGGAAACUCCCCAUAAGACCCAGCUGCCACCACAGGAUGUGGCCAUUUCCUGCCUUCAAGAGCCUUGGUGUUGCCGCUGCAGUUUUAUAGUGCUCUCAUUGUGCCGAGUGUUUGUGAAACCUUAUAAUUUUUCUCUUCAACAUCAAAACAAAAGCUUAAAUGUUUCAUGUUUUAACGCUUUUAGUUUACUUGUUUGCCAUGUGUUGUGAAUUUCUGUACUCGCACGUAUCAGAAGUGUGAGCUGGCACCGGUCCGACUCCAAUAAACAGUGACACCAAACCCUUUCUCUGGACACAUUAUGUCAUAAUGGCUGAAUAAGAAAUGUGAGAUUAAAUGUUUAAGACCAUCCAGCUGUAGUAUUAUUUACAAAGCAAAAACGAUAUUUCUAGCCAAUUUCAAAUGCAUAACUUGGCACUGUUGAUUUGUACGUGUUCAUAUUUUUUUUCUUGGUAUUGUGUUUUUAAUAUUUAUAAGUACUGCAUAGCUGUUAAGUUUUUUUAAAUCACCAGUUUUGAUGCCUGUGAAUUGCCUCCUGAACAUCAUUCCAGUUAACUUUAACAAAAUCUACAUUCUGUGCCUCAAAGAGGAAGCUCGAGAAUCUUGUGGUGAGAAGUGUCACGCUAACCUCAUAUUUCUGAAACAGUCUGUAUAGUCUGAAUCUUUGUGGUUUGUAGUGUUUU